AUGGCAACGACGACGACGACCACCGCUGCCGCCUCCACCACCACCACCACCAUCACCCCCCAAACCCCCACUCGCAUCGCAAUAAUCGGCGCCGGCCUCGCCGGCCUCUCCCUGGCCCUCUUCCUGCACCGCCUCCCGCACACCACCGUUACAAUCCUCGAAGCCCGGCCUUCCACCGCCCCCGACGGCGGCUACCUGGCCCUCGCCCCCAACGCGCUGCACGUCCUCGACCAACUCGGCCUGUACGAGACCCUGCUGCCGCACGGCUGCGCGUACGAGGAGCUCACGAUGUACAGCGCGCGCACGCUGGCGCCGCUGGCGGGGGUGCUGAAUGGGAGUUAUGCACUGUAUGGGUACCCGGCGUUGAGGAUUGAGAGGCAUGUGGUGAGGAGGACGUUGGUGCAGGCUGUGCAGGGAGUGGGGAUUAAGGUGGGAUUUGGGGUCAAGGUCGUGGGGGUGAGGGAGGAGGGGAGGGCUGUGAAGGUUGUUGUCCUGGCGGCGGGAGAGAACAAGGAGCAGGAGCAGGAGUUUGACGUUGUGGUCGGCGCGGAUGGGAUUCACAGUCGUGUCAGGCGGCUCAUCAGCAGUGUGGAGCCGACGUUUAGUGGCAUGGGUGGUGUUGGUGGCGGUAGGCUGCGGCGCAGUCAAAUCGGAGAUGAUCUGCGUCUGCCGUGUCUGCUGAUGGGCAAGGCCAACAGUUUCAUGAUGAUGCCGACCGCGGCGGAUGGGCAGACGGUCUCGUGCUUCGCGACCGUGGAAAUGGAGGCGCGGAGCCGCGAGGGGUGGGCGCAGGCUGGCGAGGACAAGGCGGGCUUGAAGAAAAUGCUCGUCGACAGACACUGCGGUGAGGGCAGCGAGUGGCCCGACGUCGUGCAGCAGGCCUGUCGCGAGAGCGAGGCCGAGAGCCUGACCAUCUGGCCCUUCUUCAACGCGCCAGUCCUGGAGUCAUGGACCACAAAGUCGUCGCGAGUGAUUCUCGUGGGCGACGCUGCGCAUGCGAUGCCCCCUACCGGCGGGCAAGGAGCGGGCCAGGCCUUCGAGGAUGUUGCGUCGCUGGCUACGGUGUUUGCCACGUGCAGCGCGGAUGGCGACUCCUUUGACGAAGGUGUCCGGGCGUGGCAGACCCGGCGGCAGGAGCGGGUGCGGAAGAUCAAGGCGUUUACGUCCACCAAUGCGGACAUGCGAAGGGCGUCGCCGUCGAGCUUUCAGCAGAUCUUGAGGGAGUGGCUGGUCUGGGCGGUUCUGCUGUGGAAGGGAAAAGAUGCUGGACUUGGCUGGAUCUAUUCGCAUCGGGAGGAAGGGCCGAAGGUGGCGGAGGAUUGA